UGCUGAGGUGGCCUGGUCAGUGUGGCUUGAGUCGCUGCUCCCAGCUUCCAAUGAGCUUGCAAUCGCGUUCGUGUCCUUUCGACCUCCUGGAAUCCGAGCAACUGAAGGAAAAAAGCCGAACGCAGUUGAAGCUGUCUUUCUCCCUUUCUCCCCCGAGCAAUAAAUCAAACAAUCCCUCGCCAUCACGACACGAGACGACACGAACACGAAUCUCGGCGACAAAUCCCCACCCGACGACAAACCAGGGCAUUCGACCUACACUCGCUUGACCUUGCCGAUUCCCCAAAUCGCAGCUGUCACUGGCAGCUUGGAGCUUCAAUCGGUCUGAAGCUGGCCUGCCAUCCCAUCGUCAAUUCGCGAUUGAUCGAACCCGCGCCGCGACAACCAAAACCGCAGCGAUGCUCAACCUUUUCCGCAUCACCGGGGACUUGUCCCACCUUGCCAGUAUCGGCAUCCUCCUCCACAAGAUGGUGCAGAUGAAUAGCUGCUCUGGUAUCUCGUUCAAGUCACAAGCCCUCUACUUCCUGGUCUACAUCACCAGAUAUCUUGAUCUCUUCUCGACCUCAAGUCUCUGGAACCUCGUCUUCAAGAUCCUCUUCAUUACCUCUCAAGGCUACAUCGUCUACCUCAUGACAACGGCAUACAAGCCGACCAACGAUCCUAACCAGGACACCUUCCGCGUCCAGUACCUCCUCGGUGGAGCUGCCGUUCUGGCCAUCCUCUUCCCGUACUACUACACUUUCUGGGAGAUUCUCUGGGCCUUCUCCAUCUGGCUCGAGGCCGUCGCCAUUCUGCCGCAGCUGUUCAUGCUCCAGCGCACCGGUGAGGCCGAGACCAUCACCACUCACUACCUCUUCGCCCUGGGCAUCUACCGUGCCCUGUACAUCCCCAACUGGAUCUACCGCUACUUCACCGAGGUCAACCAUAAAGUUGACUGGAUCGCCAUCACCGCGGGAAUCGUCCAGACUAUUCUCUACAGCGACUUCUUCUGGAUCUACUACACCAAGGUGAUGAAGGGCAAGAAGUUCAAGCUGCCCGUCUAAAAGUCGCUCCCUCCCCUUCCAGAAGGUUGCGUGCGGUUCUUCGACCUGGCAACACCUUGCCAGGGAACGGGCUUCACGGAAUAAGGAGUCCUGGCCGUUUGUGUAGUAGCGACGGGCUACGAGCAGACGCCAAAGUCAACGGCGGGCCCAUGACCUUGCCGCCACUGGGAUAUUUCUGUCUCUUUUUUCCUUUUCUCCCUGUUCAACAUCUUUCUCUCUCAAUACACUGUGGUGCAUUGGGGAAAUCUCAAGCACACAUCACAACAAGACGUUAGCCGUAGUUUGGCAGAUUUCAGGAUGUCCUCCGCCAGGAUGGAUGGAUGCAUGGCUGGCGUUGGGAGAUACAUGAUUAGUUUUACAUGGGCGAAAAGGUUGGCCAGUCAGCCACGUGCGAGAGUGUUGGUGGGCUUGGAACUGCUGACGAGAGAGUGCCCGUAAAUGGGCGCGAUCGAAAAGGAAAAGAAAGAUGACCGGGGACACCAACCGGUAUAUAGAUGGUCAAUGUGAAGAAUGUUUCCGA